AUGUCGGUGCACCAGUUAACCGGUAACGGUGCAUCCAAGACGCGGAACAGUGGCCGUUCUGCUGCAAUGACUUGGCGUGUGCUCACAGCAAGGCACAAUAAAAAGUUGAUACACCACUUCGUAAUUGUUGCGUUUAUAACACACACAUGCGUCCUCUGUGCUGUUGUCUCGCCGACUGAACGCGGAGUUGCUGUUGAGGUACAAAAUUCUUCUGUUGCUACAGAGUUGAGUGUGUUUGUGGUCGCCGCAACAGAUCUCAACGAAGAAUCUAUUGAGAUAAUAGCAGUGACGCCUGGUGUGAUGAAGGACGAUUAG